AUGCGCCAGCAAGAUCUUAUCAGAAGACAACAGUUCCACACCAAAAUGCCUAUGCUCACCAGCAACACACAAGACCUUGUAUGUGGAAGAAGUAGGCUCAAAGCCGAUAAAGUACCUCAGCUGCUCCCGUUUGGUAUCUGGUGGAGAGCCACCCACGAGCAGAGUGAAAAAACUCAAAGGAGUCACAUCUUCACCCGUCUGCACCCCACAAUCUCUGUAGUAGGAAUGAGGCAGUUCUUCACCCGUCGUCAACUCCAUACUUAUGUAGUUGAAGUCACACUUGUCAUCUCGGGGAAAAGCGAACAAGAGUUUCCUAGGCAGGGAUGCUUCCUCCUCCUCCUUUAG